UGUCGGUACUUCUCUAAAAAGGCUGUUUGCUCAGUUCACAGGUUGGUGACCUUCAUCUUUGUCUAUGAAGAUCUGAUAUCCUUGGUGUGCGGCGCCGUUAUCGUCUGGUACUUUGCAGGCAGCUUUGAGAAGAACGUGGGCACAGUGAAGCAUUGCUUCCUCACGGUUGCUUUUGCCAUUUCUUCUGCCCUGCUGUUUCUCUGCCUUGAGGCUGUCUUCUCUCAGCUUUCAGUGGUUGGAGAUGCCAAAGGAUUUAUUCCAGUUGCUUUUGCCAUGUUUGGUGUGUCUACAACCCGGUCACGGAUGAGAAGAGCACUUCUGUUUGGGUGUAAUGUUCCCAUUGUACUGGUGCCGUGGAUUAUGCUCUGUAUGACCUGGUUUAUUCCUCGCUCCUCUCUCCUGGGUAACACAUGUGGUCUCUUAGUUGGGGUAGCCUAUGGUUUGGGCUACUGCUUCUGCUUGGAUCUCCCGGAGUCAGUUGUAUCCAGGCUAGAUCAGAAGCUCCCUUUCUGCCUGCUGAAGAGAAUACCAGGAUUGAAAUACAUUCCAGGGUCCUUGGCAGAGAGAAGAGCUUCCCAGAGCAAAAAAAUUAAUCCAGUGCCGGGCUCAUACCCCACUCAGAGCUACUACUGCCCUUCACCUCCAGCACUUCCUACCACACAGAUACAGCACCCUAAUGCCCAGAGCCUGGAAUCCUGGCAUAGCUACACGCCAGGUUACAUCCACGCUCCUGCCCCAUACCAAACCAGCACUGCCUUUGGAGAAUUUUACAUACAGAACCACUUUGGUGCCUCAUCUGGACAUGGCUGCCAACCACCUGAUUCUGCUUCCCUCCAACAUAAAGGGCUGCCUUACUCUCAGAUGUCUGCAGGGCUGGAGAACUUGGAAGCAAAGCUUCAGCAAGCACCAGGGUUGCCAGCAGGAGCAGCUACUUCACCUGAGCUGUCAGAAGUCCAAAUAUACUGAUGGUCCACUGAGGCCAGGGUGGGAAAUAGUAGUGCUAUGCUGCAGGCUAAGACAUGAGACUGCUUCUAAGAACUUUUAUUUUAACUGGAUUGUUUGUGGUCAAAGCAACUAAUCAGUGGUGCCCCCUGACUUGCUGGUCUCAGUGCGGCCCACUUAUGGGCUUUUAACCUUCAUCAAGUUUUCUUUUAUUUAUAUUCCUUUUUUCUUUUUGAUACUUUUUGAUAUUUGCUGGGAGCUGUAUCUGUUGCCUCUUUGUGUACCCCUUGCUACUGGUUAUAAAUCUCCCCUAUCUAGGCUAGGGGUGGGUCCUGGUUACAGUAUACCUGCCCCUUGACUUAGUUCAGUUAUAGGAAAGAGAUGUCUGUCAAAACACUGGAUUUUAAUUGGAUUACAAGGCCUAGCACAGGUCCAGUUUUGGUUGCAUCCCUCUACCCUGUCAGAAUGUUAUGAGGGGCCUCACCUUGGUUUCAGGUUUAGCAUAGACAGGGCCCAACUGAUCCAAGAUUACCCCUUGGGUUGGGGAUAACCUGCCUAUUCUGUAAUAGGCCCUGACUAAACUGCAAUGUUAAAUGAAUGGAGAAAGACGGAUCUGCGGAUAAGGUUAAUUUUCCAAUACAGAUGUGCCUAAGAACAAGCUCAGUAUGAAGUGAGGUGAAGUAUUUAGGUGAAGUAGAUGGCCGGCUGCAUUCCCUGUUACCCCAAAUAGAAGCUGUGAUGUGCUGCUGAGUCCCUUGUUGGCACUGGCCAGGCAGACUGCAUUCCCUUCACAGACAUGUUGCCUUGCCUUGACCUCCAUAAUAGACACCUGCAGUAACAUGGCAUGUGGCCCACAGUGCCACCUGUGCCUUCAAAAACUCUAGAGGGGCUAGAGAAUGUUGUUGAAGAGAUUUGUGAUUCCUCUGGAGACUUAAGCUACUACAUACAAACUAAGACAUCUUAGACUCUGGAAGGGACCUGAGAAGAGAGACUAGGUGACUCAAACAGUAGGUAGUUGUUACUCUCUUUUGCGGCAUUUGUUGAGACAUUAGAAUAUUCUCCAGUGCCAAAGUUAGAGUGCAUAUGGCCCUGUAGUUACUAAGCAGAUCACAGUGUGGAUUCAGAAGUUCUAUAUUUUGUUUCCAGUAGAGGUGCACCGAUGCAUCGGUCCAAUAUCAGAUCGGCACUGAUAUAAAGAAAAUUGUCUAUAUUGGAGAUGGGCCUGAUGUGGCUGAUAAAUGGCCCGUGCAUGCGCACAGCCUCAGGGCAGCAUAUAGGCAGUGAGGAGCACAGCCGGAGGCUAUGGGGUGGCUGUGGCAAUUUUUGGGGUGGCUGCAGCCCCACCCUCCCAGUGCCCCUGGUGCUCCCCCAGCCUGCAGCUGCAGCCCGCCCUGCCUGCGCCCCACGCAGAUCCAGGGGGCACACGCCCCCUCCUCCCUCCCCC